ACACGCUCCCAUUACCUAGCAUCCAUACCCAUGCAUAGCCAGCUUCUAAUAAAGAGUGGCAGCAAUCUAGCUAGCUACUAGAUAGGGAAUGAAGCAGGAUGUCAUCGCCUUCACCAUCUACCGGUAACAAGCGUGGGCACACCAAUGCAAAGUCUUCCAAACUACGUGGUAGCAACAAGACGAACCAGCACAACAAGAGGAAGCAGCAACGACACGCUCAUCAACGCCUUCAAGCACUGCUUCGAAGAUCGCAAGCCAGCAGUGCGGGCAAUGAAUUGAUAUCUUUGAUCUAUGAAAACCCGUCUCUGGCAUGUCGCAGUGUUGACGGCGUGACUCCAUUGAAAGUGCUGCUGGAAUCCGGGGUCAAGUUGGACGUCAUACAAGAGUUUUGCAAAAGGUUCCCACGCUCCGUGGAAACCCCCUCUCACGUCGACAUCAUGGAGGAGCUUCCUCUGGAGACUGCAUGCUACCAACACCACAAGACCGCGCGAGGAGUCAUUCCCUUUCUCGUCCAGCUAAAAGUCAAUGAUCUAGAAGGUAACAGCGUCUGGGGAGAACGACUCCUCACCGCGUUGAACCGCAUACUAGUGUUUUGCAAUGCUGCCACCCACACUGCAAAGCGACUGGAAGAUAUCGAAGCACUGCUUCAGGCGGUCAGUCGCACAGGGAUACUAGAGUCGCAGCGUGAAGCGCAAGGGCGACUCUUGACUUGGGCGUUUCAGUGCUCCGAUUGUACAUACGGCGAUCUACUUGAUCUCGUACUGCCGUACUGUUCCGACGCCACACACAUCUCUAUUUCCUAUGAAAACUACACCACAGUACGGCGACAACAAGAUCUUUCGGCCUCACUGGCCAAGCUAGUGCCACAACUGACACACUUGGAUCUGCAUGUUUGCUGGCAGGUUCGAGACCAGCAUGCGUGGAGGCACUUCCUAGUUCAGGCAUUGGCACAAGAUGCGAAACAUCUGGAAUCACUUCAACUCAAGUUUUGGAAAGAACCAAACAAUGACAACGCAUUGCCAGAACCUCUGCCAGGAUGGAUAUUCAAAGCCCUCGUGGACUGCUUUGUUUCAUCGUCUGCGUUUCCAAAUCUUCAAGAGUUGGUACUGGAGACACGACCGGGAAUUUUGGCAAAAGACCACGGAGUGGCGGAAGAUCUCACAAUGUCAUUGGCCACCCUCCUUGGAAAGAACAAUCUGCGACAAUUGACAGUCAUUCACUUCUGUCCCCGGUAUCAACCUCUCGUUGAUGCCUUACAAACCAACACUAGUCUUCAGCGUUUUGAGGUUCCUUUCUGCACCAAUGCCAAACCAAAACUCCAGGCCUUGCACGACACAAUCGUCCAACAAAACAACACGACCUUGUUACAUGUCAAUGGGCUGCGGGAGGACCAUUUAUCGGAAUUGAUUCGACAUCGUUGCAAUUUGAACCGAAAGGGUCUUCGGACAGCCCAAAACCCGGAUACACCUAUAACAACACUUCUCGACAUUGUUGCAGACGCUAUGGACGACAAUUGGGGAUAUCGAAUCAGUGGUGACACCAGCGCUGGCUUUGCGUUUGCGAUGCUCCGCGGAUGCCCCAGCAUUUGGUGUGGAGUGAAGAGACCGAAGGUCUUACGAAUACAUGUAGCAACCCAAAAAUAGCCAGCAUUUUGGUUUUGAACUAGCACGGUAUAUUUCGUUCGCCUUGGUGUUUUGGAAGGUGCCAAAGAAUAAGACGUGCUAGCUAGUAGCUUGUCAAGCUGGCUGUAGACUGUUUCCUUUCGGCAAACACGCUAUACGGUAGCUAGGGUUGUGACGUCUGAAUGACCUUUGCCAGCCAUUCGUCUCACUUCCACAACUCCAGAAAGCGAUGUCAGUUUGAGGGACACUUGCUGAAUGGAUUGAUCAUGAGUUGAUGCCAUCCAAAGAUCAAAUGGGACUGCACGUUGUUUACCGCAUCCUGGAGUUAGUUCCUGUAGAGAGGUCUAACGACAAGCUUUUUGACUCCCAAUCCUGUAAAGACAUCUUCAAACAACUUGAGCUUCUGGGGCCCUCGACGAGCCAAUCUGAUGGCUCUCCGCUGGGACCUUCCUUGAGUCUCAGUUUUGUUGAUCCAAGCGAAAAUGAAGAGUAUGGUAGCUAGAGUGCUAGAGUAAAGUAAUAGAAAGCAGUAGACAGC